AUUCAAACAGCCACUACGCGCAUAUGCCAUCUACCAGCACAACAACCGUUCUAGGCAAGCCGAACAUCUGGCCAAAUGACAUGAAGUAGUUUGAUGACGAAGUUGAGCUUUGUGUCCGCUGAAAUAUCUUCCGUGGCCGAUUUGUGUCUUUUGCAAAAUGUAAGUGUCCUAAUUUUGUACAUUAUUUCGGUAGAAAGGGUGACAGACCGCCGAAUCAAACGAACCUUUCGCGGCUCGUGGGUGUUUUGGGGUAGGGAGCUUCGCCGCCGUGAUGUAGUGCAUUGUGGAAGGGGUGCUCGUAGCGUAUUCUGAGUAACCUAGGUCGACGGGAACACCAUCAAAAUGAACUUCACCCCGUUCGGGGUGCCUCUAUCGGCGGCCCUGCCUGUCACCCAGUUUUCAGCGGCGGGCAAAAUCACUCAAAGCGUGACCACGCCCAAUGGACAGGUAGUGGGAGUGCUGCAGGGCGGUGAGAACGGUGUUCAUUACAUCAGGCCGUUGGACGCUAAUGCGUUUGCUAAUGCCACUACUCACCAGAGUCAGGGUGCUCAGAUAAUAACCCUUCCGAUAACAAUGCCUGGUGCGAAACCGGGGGAUCCCCAGCAGACAGUCCAGAUCCAAGUGGUGAACCCCCAACCGACGCCUGUCUCCCAAGCGAGUCCAGCCAGUUCCCCAAAAUACCAGUUCUCCCAGAUUCCCAUACAAGCGUUUGGACAAGGCGCUACUGUUCUCACGGUCGCAUAUAACUCGAAUCAAGAAGGAAUACAGAUCUUGGACGGCCAAAAUGGCAUGCCAGAAGGCAUGACGGUAGUAGCAGCCUUGCAGCCGCAAGACAUCCAACUGAUCCAGGCGCAGCCCGAACCUGAGAAGGAGAGGGAAGGGUCGCCGGUGCCUUUGGUCAAGUCUGAACAUAACAAGGAGCAGGAGCAGGAAAAUACUGCUACUGCGUCCAUAUCGAUUCCUGCUCAGUAUUUGCAAACAGCCAAUUUACAGGAUUACCUGCAAAAGAUGCAGCAGAACACCGCCCUCCCGCUAAGCCUGCAACAAUUCCUCAAAUUCAACACGACGGACAUAAAGCGUGAGCAUAUCACGGAGGAAGGCAUGAUCGAAACUGUCAGCAUCACAACGCCUGAUGGACAACUCAUAGUGCACGAUGUCAGUCAAACGCAAGAACAGGAGGAGCAGGUUGAAGAUGGCACCGAUAAAACCAAGAAGAAGAAGAGGUACAAGAAGAAACCGCCCAAGCCGAAGAAGCCUAAGCCAGGUCAGGUUCACAUAGCGACAGCGCUUGAUGGUACGACGUUAUUCUGUUGUCCCGAGUGCCAUAUGGCGUAUCCAGAGAAGGAGCUGCUGGAACAACAUUUGAUCGGGCACAAAAUCGAAAGACGUUUCAUAUGUGACAUUUGCGGAGCGGGGCUGAAAAGGAAAGAACAUCUGGAGAGGCACAAGUUGGGGCACAAUCCUGAGAGACCUUUCGUGUGUUCUGUCUGCAUGAAAGGCUUUAAACGGAAAGAGCAUCUGAACCUUCACUACGUCAUCCACAGCGGAGAGAAAACUGAGAUUUGUGGGGAAUGUGGUAAAGGCUUCUACCGUAAGGACCACUUGCGCAAACAUGCCAGGUCUCAUGUGACGCGGCGGGCCAAGGAGCUGGCAGAGCAGGCAAGUGACAGGAUGCUGGGUAUCGUCAUGGGUGAAGGAGGUGAAAUGGAGGGGCAAGCUAAUGGUACUGCUAACGGGCAGAACAACGGUAACGGGGGAAGUAAGGAGGGAACGAUAGGUGGAGUUCCUGCCGCAAUUACCACUAGUACCGGGACAGUGACCAUUAGCGUGGGAGGGAUGCCGAAUUCGCAAAUCCAGAUUCCGGUGCAGAUCCAAGUGCCGCAGCACCACCUGGACGUCUCGCAAGGAAACGAAGAGGAGAGUGAUAACGGUAUCAGUACCGUCGUUUUGCCGUCGUCGUCCGAAGGGCUCUCUAUUUUACCAAAUUAAGUAUAUGCCGCGCAAGAUUAGCGCCUUACGAGUUGUUUAGUAUUCCCUUGGGAGAUGUAACUAUGGAUGGAUAAAUUCAAGGAUGAUACAUUAGGCUGGGAUUCCAUAUACCAUAAAUUGUCCAUUGGACGUUUAUUAGUCUAGAAUAACAUUCACAUAUCACAUACAGGGUGUGCAAUAAGUACCAAGACAAAUUUAAAGAGAAGGUAGGCUUUGGACUGACCUCCCAAAUAAUAAAAACUUACCUAUAUAAAAGUGUCACCGUUUUUGAAAUAUUUUUUAAAUAAUAUAAUAUUUCUUAAAUUUCAAAAAAACGAACCUUUUCAUCUGUGGUCUUUAGCUGCAUGUACAAAUAAGGUUAUUUUUUUUUCUAUAAAAUACUUCUAGAUAGUAGCUUUAUCAUAUACAAAUGCAAUGUAGUUAAAAGAUAUUAAGGAACCAUGAUAAAAUGACUGUUUUGGGAUCUAUAACCUUCUGAUAUUGUUUCCUUCCUAUAUAUAUAUAUAGAGAGAGAGAAUAUGAUCAUGCGGAGAAAGAUAUAUAACAAGUAGGAAAAUAAUGGGCGAUACGUAUUUCUGCUGGUUGGCUUCAUCAGGCCCGAAAUGAAUGCACAUAUGAAACUACAAAAGUAGAUACACAUGCCCACACAUCCGGAUACGGGUGUUACCUGAGGAAACGAAGUUGGAGGUGGAAAAAACGACACACGAAGUCCACAACAAGAGCCAACCUACACAUUGUAGUAUAAAAUGGCUAUACGACCUCGAAUUUUCAAGGAGACGUCGAACCACAACCACGCGGCCGGUUAUAGCCACUUGCUGUGGUACUUCAAGCCCAAAGGAUCUACAAAGAGAAUAUAAUCAUGCGGAGAAAGGUACUAUAUAUAACAACAAGUAGGAAAAUAAUGGGCAAAAUCCGCAAAAAGGAGGAAAGUGGAUUCGAGCAGAAAAUAGGAUAGGUAACCCGAGCGAUACGUAUUUCUGCUGGUUGGCAUCAUCAGGCCCGAAAUGAAUGCACAUAUGAAACUACAAAAGUAGAUACACAUGCCCACACAUCCGGAUACGGGUGUAACCUAUUUUCUGCCCGAAUCCACUUUCCUCCUUUUUGCGGAUUUUGCCCAUUAUUUUCCUACUUAUAUAUAUAAGUUAUGUUGCCGGGAUGGCCGUUCGGGUUUUUAAAAAAAACUUUAUUUUUACUUUUACAAGACAAUACAAUAUACUUGAUAUUUUAUAAUGGAUAGAUGUACAAUAAGGCGAACAAAACGAGUAAUGAGUAAUGAAUGGUCUGGAAAGCAUCAAGAACAUCUAUUUAUCAUCUCGGUAAGGAUGCUUUCCUCAGCAUUUUCUUCUUCCAUGUGCAUCGUUUUCUGCAUCAUAACUUACAUAUAUGUAUAUAUAUAUAUAUAUAUAUAUAUAUAUACAGGGUGACUUUGAAGUUGAGUCAUUAAUUUUCAGAUAAUGAUUGUAGAAGGAAGAUAAACCAAAAUAUGUGUGUAAAAAUAAAAAAAAAAUUAAAAAAAAAAUGUUUACCUUGUUUUAUAAAGUAUCCUCCCGACAAGUAUUUCAGUGCGGACCUGUAUUUGAUCGUCUUAAGUCACCUGAUUCACGAGCCCGUUGUACUACAUUAACAAAGGCACGAGGGGUUGGUUGCACUCGAUUGGGAAACCGAUCCGCAUAAACAUGUGCCAUUUUUUAUUUCGUUUGAGCCACGCAACAGAUACAACUAUUCACUGACACUGACUGUAUACAAAUGAAUGAAAUAAUUCGUUCCAAAUUCUUUCGCUUUUUUGUUUCCGAUGCGAUGAACCGAUACGGCGGAUUAUAUCCGUUGUCGCCAAACACGAGCACAUUGAGACAGGGCGGUACUCAAACUUCCAAAGGGCUAUAACUUUGUUACUUUAAUUUUACCAGAAAAAUGGUAAAGGAAAAAAACAUUUCUUUUGAUCAGGUCUACUCACUGUUAAAAUAAAUGACUCAACUUCGAAGUUAUAUAUAUAUAUAUAUAGACUGUAAAGCUCGACCAAUUUUUAAUACAGUAUAUGAUUGACCUCUUUCUAUUUUAGUAUCAUUGAUAUGAUAAGAAAAACGUAAGAGUUUGAGCUUGUGGAAAAGCUUAAGGUAUUAGGUCUAUGUAUGUCGAGUUUGUUGGUCUCACACAAAUUGCAUAAGCUAUUGACACCUUGUUGCAGUGCAACGAAUAGGUGCAUUUUAUUUAGUUAAUAUUAUAUAUACAGCGAAAACUAAAUUUGUCUGACAAACAUUUCAUUUAAUGUAUUGUUUUCAUUUUGAUUAGAAUUAUUUAUUUCAAUUUUGAUGCGACUAAGUGUUUUAAUUUAUUUUAGAACUACCUUUGAUUUUCACCGAUGGUGAUAAAAUCAACACGUCCCGAGUUAUUCUUACAGUUCGCGGUCAGCGAACUGUCGGAAAAUGUAACAAAUUCUAAAAUACAAAUUAUCACUGCCUGCCUGUACGCAGGUGAGAACCAUUUCGAAGCAGGUCGACGCUCCCCAAUGAGCGUUAGAUGGGUACUGAAAAAAAAAUCGCUCAUCUAUAAUCAUGGAGAUGGAAACCUUGCCCAUUAUUUGGGCGUAGAGAAUAAACUAACGCAUAUUUUCAGCAUGCAUCUUAAUUCAAGAAACUGGUGUAACAUAUUUGGCAACGCGGCAGAUUGCCGCGUCAGCGUUGCUAGGCAACGCGGUGAUGAGCUUCGCUAUCCAAUCGGCUUCUAUCUCUUUCUAACAUACGUGUUGUCUAUACGCACUUUUCUCUCGUACACAUUGAGCUCAAGCCGUCAGAGAAAUUUGAGUCUCAGUGCAUAUAUAAGGAACCAUAGCGGUCACAGAUUAGAUCCCUGAGGCACACCUGAUGUAGGAAUAUAGGGACUCGAUGUAUAACCCCUAUACUCAACAACUUGAAUUCUAUUUGUUAAGUACGAGUUAGUUAAGCAAUUUGUCAUGAAUCCAUGUUUUGAUGUUACAAUAGUGCUUCUAAGAGCCAUAUACAGAGUAGCGAACAGCCAGAUUCAACAAUUGGCCAAAAUUUCGUUACUUUCGUUCGAUUAUGUAUUUGUAUUCAAGAUCAUAUCGAAAAUGAUGGAAAGUUGUUUAGCUAGUACAUAUAUCCAGGUUUUAACAAUAAAGCUUGGAACUAGAUUAAUUAUAGAUAUUAUUUAUUAGGCAUCUUUCUAGUUGCUUUUAUUACGUCAUCUUCGGAAAUUUUUAUUAAAGAUAUAUGGCAUUUGGAUAAAUCUAUGAUAACUGUCAGAGUUGUUUACAUCAAAACUGCUUAAAAACACCAGCAAAGUAUUACGCAAAAUCAUUUACUAUAUUAUGAGGAGUGUCAUCAAUUUUCACUCCCGGGGUUCUAGUGUGACUUUUUGUUCUUCUGACAAACGCCCAGAUGGAUCUGGAUGGAUGGAGUGUUCAGUGUUUUGGACGAAAGCUGCAUAUAUGCUUUAAUUUCAUUUUUUUCUAAUCUCCUCAGUUCCUUCAAUUUUUUUUUCAUAAUACUGUUUGAAAUUUUCUGAAGCUCUUCUUAGCGUUGUCUUUCUUUUUAAUGUUAGAUUCUAUACAUAGUUAAACCAAAUGCUUUGGGGAAAAUGUCAAUAUUUUCUUUAACUGUGUUAAUUGACAAUAGAUUCAAUUUUGUCUUGAAUUCGCUUGUGAAUUAGACAUAGUUGAAAAUGAACAACUUUUGCCUUAGCAUGGAAAACUUUUUCCACUUGGCUGAAACUUUAUAACUUGCUUGCGCGGGCCAUUUAAAAUUCGUACAAGGGUCACAAUGUGGCCUGAAACGUAGUAUUGAACAGCCUUGCUCUACAAUAUUUUUACAUCCGUUGUCAUUUUUAUUCUAGUCGUAGAGGUAAGGGACAAAAUUUUUCUACAUGUUCCUCAGGUUAAUUCGAGAGGAAAAUGUCCCAUGAACAUGGGUCCGCAAAUGUUUCCUUAUCGAGAUAAUGAUUUUUUUUAUUUUUAGGGUGCUAAUGGUGGGAAAACCACAGUAUUGUUGGAAAAUUACUUUUAUUUAACACACAAUUACUAGGUACAAUAAAAAUUACUAUUCACAAUAGUUGUUCAAAGUGUCCACCUUCACACUGUAAACAUAGUCUAGCCCGUUUAAUAAUGUGACUGGUGGCUUUUCCAAUAACAAGACGAUUACUUCUUAUGUUGUCAGCGACAUCAGUAAUUUUACGGAGCAGUUCAGCCCUGGUAUGCGAUUUCUCUGCAUACACUAAAGACUUCAUAUAUCCCCACAAGUAAUAAUCCAAGGGAUUUAAAUCGGGCGAGCGGGGUGGCCAAGAAACUACGCCCCCUCGUCCAAUCCAACGCCCAGGAAAAGUAUUACAUUUUUUGUUAAAUAAAAGCAAUUUUCCAACAAUAUAGUGGUUUUCGCCCACUAAAAAUAAAAAAAUCGUAUCUCGAUAAGGAAGCAUUAGCGGACUUUUUCGACUCGAGUUGACCCGAGGAACACGCAGAAAAAUGUUGUCUCUUGCCCUGCGGGAUACCCUGUAUAAUCUUGAACCUGCAACAAAGAUUUUGCAAAUGUCGCGAUUUUGCACCAUCAGAUGAGCCUUCUCUAUUAAGCAAUCGUCUAGUUUCGCAGAGUUAUUUGAGAAAAAAAAAAAAGGAUUAUCAAUAGCGUUCUUUAGGGCUUACACCUCCGUAUGGCAGGCUUGUAAGACAUUUUUUUAUAGGAACCUUGUGUUCUAUAUGUAUACGAGAUAUUGACAUGUUAUUCUGAAACACCCUGUAUAUAAAGGAAAAUUCGUGGUUAGUGGAUCCUUUAAAUGCAAUAUGGUCCGUUGAUUUGAUGGAAAUAAUACUCCAUAGUUACAGAGCUCCAUCGUAUUCCUUUAUUUUUUUUUGUUUUGGCAUUAUUUUAAUGGCAUUUUAUUCUGUAUAUAAUAGAUAUAUUUAUUGACCUUAUAUUGAUAUUUGUUUAUGAUACUACGCUGUAAUUUUUUUCAUAGCUAAUCUGUGGAAUCUGCAGGUUGUCUUGAAUAGUAUGCUGAAACGGCGAAUGAAAAAUCUUUGCUGGACGAGUGAAAAAGUUCACAGUUCAUCCGUCGAUUUCAAAUUUUAAGGUCCGAGUUAUAUUGAUCCAUUAAAAUAUUGAAUCGUUUAGAGUACAGAGAAUUUUAUAUAUUCUAUCAAACUUAAUUGAAUUCAUACACUAUCAAUUAUAUCAGAGAUAAAAAAUAUUUUCACCAUUUUUUUUUAAUAUUGUGGAAGGUAAAGUUCUACCAAUAAAUAUCAUUUCUACUGAGUGUAUGUAUAAAUGGAUUUUGUGAUAAAAACUGUUGAACCUUCUUUAGUGUUUUUUGCAUACUAUACAAAAACACUGCAGAAGAAUUAUUUUCAAAGCAAACUGAGAUUCUUCUAAUAAUUUGUAUCUAUGAAUUUCUGGGCCAUUUAAAAAAUAUGAGUCCAUAUAUUAAUUGGUAUGUACGGACUGCGAAAACCAAAAGUUAGACAAUUUUGGCCAGAAAAACAAGGAUGAAAUUGUUUAGAUUAAAGAUAUAAGACCUCGAAGAGUAUUAUGAAACUACUUUCUUUUAAAUAGCGAUUUUUAGCCUUGUUUGCUAGGCCACAAUUGACGAUCUGUCGAUUUUCGCAGGCUGUACAUAUUUUUUGUCCUGUAGGCAUAGGGUUCAGGGUUACUAUAUGUAUAAUUUUCGAGUAUUAUAUUUUUUUACCACUUAUUAUAAAUUAUUCUAAAUAAAACUGACCAAGCUCUCAUUGAAGUAUAAUGUACAGUUAAUGUGGAAUAUCAAUGAAUAUUUAAAUAUUUUUUUAAAUACCACCGAUUUUUCUUAUUAACACAUAUUUUGGUAUACCGAUAGAUUAUAUCCAAGCAAUAUCAAAGUUUCCAAUAGCAGCUGCCUUUUAACUUUCUUUGGAGGAAUAAAGUACAUGAUGUGAUUUAAUACAUGUGAAUAAUACGGUGUUACAAUAUUAUAGAAUUCUGUAAAUAUUUAUAAAUGAUGCCGAAUCAAGAGCAAAUAUAUUAAAGUAGGAUAAAUUUUUUAUACUAUUU